GUGUUACCGUGGUUACAGUAAAGCAGCGCGUGCAGUGAGCUGCUGUAUGUGCUUGUGUUUUCUAGCUGAGUAAGGAUUAACCAUGUCCAACACCACGGCAAAGCAAGUGAGACCGACUUUAAAAGUGAAACCAUCAUCUCGAGUGAUGAAUCAGUCAGGAUCUGGAACACUCCGUAUAAACCAAAGUUCCACAAACAGGAGGAGUGUCAAUGCAUCUGUGAGCCGAAGGAGCUUCUCUUUAGCAAGAGACAGUAAAGUUCUUGAUAAAGGCUCCAUUCAACCCCCCAAACACACUGUACAGGUGUUUGAUGAAACAGGGAAGGAUGUCACUCCUCGGCCUCUGUACCAGCUGCAACCCGGAGCCACGCAAACCAAACAGAGCAAAAUAUUCACAGGACAUGACACAUCAGAAGGGACCGUCUCUGACUUCCUGUCCACAGUGUACCACACCAUGAGCGCAAGCUCUGCAGGACCCUUUACCAUGUCUGUUUUGGGGAGUAGUUUCGUGUCGAGGGCGAGUCACUCUAUCAUGGAAUCAGUGAGUGAUGAAAUGGAGGAGCCUUCUGCAAAACAGGAAACCUUGAUUAGUCUCUCAGAACUAAAGAUCAAGAGAGAGGAGCAGAUCAUGGAGCCCCAGCUGGACAAUCCAGUGGAUAUUUACCUCAAUGAGACAGAGAUCAUGUGCUUCCUCGACAUUCCUGCAGUGUCCGUUUGUGUUGACUCAGAAGAGGCUGAAGCAGUCAAGAAAAGGAACAAGGAAUAUACAGAAAUUUGCAAGAGCAGACAGGGAAAUGAUAAAUAUAUGGAGCGAGCAAUGCAGACGAUUAACUCAUCAUCUAAGUCUAAAGAAGUCCAAAGCGAUCACAUCACCAUGGUGGAAAAAGGUUCUAUGGCCACCAGAUGGGACAUCUAUGACUUGUCUGUGAGCAGCAGCAGGGCAGAAGAGCCAGGCAGUAAUACAGAUGAAGAGAAACCCACCCUCCCAGAUGUCUCCUCCACUGAUUGUCUAGAGUCAAACACAGGUCUCCAGAGAACCAUGUCCAGGGUCAGUGCCACCAGCACAGCCAGUACCUCUAGCUCCCAAAGAGAGGUGGAGGCUUCCACAGCACAGAUGGUGGAUGAGCCUGACUCAGAGCAGAUCCUGCACUCAGAGAAGUUCCAGCAGUCCCUGCAGGUGAUGGAGAGAACAGUUCUGCUGAACAUCUACCAAAACAAACUAGCUGCCUACAGAGGGCUGCCCAUACUGCGGGAUCCAGACCAUACGCUGAACCUGGGUAUUGAGGACAGCGUACAGAUUAAGGAGGAGGAUUCGCUGAGUCCAGCUCUGGAGCUCCUCUGGGCCUUCAGCUGUGAGCUAACUAAGGGCCACAGUGUCAGCAGCAUGGCCUGGAACAAGAAAAAUCCAGAUGUUCUGGCAGUGGGAUACGGGCAGUUUGACUUCAUGGAUCAGAAAUCUGGACUUGUCUGCAUCUGGUCUCUGAAGAAUCCUACUUGGCCUGAGCGGAUUUUCAGCUGUAAAACCAGUGUAACAUCCUUGGACUUCUCAGCCUCUAACCCCAGUCAGUUAGCAGUGGGCCUAUAUGACGGCACCAUCGCUAUCUACAAUGUACAGAGCGCUAAUGCAACACUGGUCUGUGACAGCAGGGACUGUGCCCAAAAACACACGGCUCCAGUGUGGCAGGUGAAGUGGAUCGAUCGCAUACGGAGUCCAUCAGGAGAAGAUAAAAGAGAGACUCUGUUCUCUGUGUCUGCUGAUGCGAGGAUCAGUGAAUGGUUCCUUCAUCAAGGCCUUGACUGUACUGAUAUGAUGAAGCUGAAGAGGAUAAGGAAUGAGAAAACAGAGAAACUGUGGAAGCAUGAGCCAUUGAUCUCUCGCUGGGCAGUUGGACUGUGCUUCGAUUUUCACCGCCAUGAUUCCAACAUGUAUUUGGUGGGAACGGAAGAGGGACAUAUUCAUGAAUGCUCCUGUUCAUACAACGAGCAGUUCUUGGAGACCUACACAAAUCACUUAGGUCCCGUCUAUAAGGUCACAUGGUCACCGUUUUGUCCAGAUGUUUUCCUCAGCUGUUCUGCAGACUGGACCAUUCAGCUUUGGAGUCGGGAUCACUUUACUCCAGUGCUGAGCUUCACUUCCAUCAAGAAAGCCGUGUAUGAUAUCAUGUGGUCCCCUCGCUGGGCUACUGUGUUCGGGGCGGUCAACAAGGACAGAGUGGAAAUCUGGGAUCUGGGAGCUAGCAUUCUGAAUCCGACUUUAAUAAGUGAGGCCAAUCCAGGGGUAAAACCAACCUCUCUGCUAUUUGCCUUGAAGACAGACUGUGUUCUAGUAGGGGACAGUGAGGGCCAUGUCAGCGUCUACAAGCUGAAGAACUUCACAGCAGGAGAAGGAACAGAGGUGGACACACUGAAGGACAUAGUCAGCUCCACACUGGCCAGUCAGCUCUGAGAGCGCUGAGACACCACAUGGGACUGUUUACUGUGGUGCUGGAUGUGAAUCAGCCUGUUGAACUGACCUGCUCUAAUAACAAUAAUAAUCUAAUAAUUAAUUUUUCAUACAUAGCACAUUAAAAAAAAAUACACUUUGAAGAGUUUUCCAGAUAAAACUAAAGUAAAAUAAAAUAAGAAGAAAGGCAACAUACAAAUAUAAAAUAAAAAAUGGAAAUAGAGUCAACCUUGGCAGGGGGAUUCCUACUGAGGUAGACAAUGUUUUGCUUAAAAAAUAGGGAUAAAAUAAUUAAAGAACACAAGAGCACAUGAUAUUAUAAGAAAAGAAUCAACAAUGGGGUGAUGUGAUAUAGUCUGACACACAAAAAAAGAUUAUCAUUACCACAACAAAGUUUAUUGUCCUAUAACAGCAAGUGCUGAAGUGUUUUAUUCCUCUCAUACCACAGCGACUUGUAAUGCUGAUUACGAAUAUUUUUAAAAAUAAUGACAUCAAGUUUUAUCCAUUUAUAGGUACAUUUAAUGUCAUGGAAUGUCUACAAACAAGUUAGUUUCUUUUAUCACUUACAUUAUAGGAGCUAUAAACAGCCUUCUAUCACUAGCCUCUCUUUUUUUUAUAAGUAAAAAGGACUUGCUGUGUUUUUACAGAGAAACUGCAAAGCCCUCUAUCCUGUAGUGGAAAACUUUGGAACAUCUGCUUCAAACAAAAAUAAGUCGAGAGGCCAUCACACUUGACCUAUGCAAUAGGCUAUUGUCUAGUGAAUUUUUAGAAUAAACCCAAUAAUUUACGGCAGUUGAGAGUCGAUAUCGUACAGUCAUCCAGCAUACAGCAGCUUGUUUUGUGCAGUUUUAGAUGUACCUUUGUCCAACAGCAGGUGAGUUUCCUGCAGAAAAUUCAGGCAUUGUAAAAGGGAGACACAUUUUUCUUUUUUCUCUCACCAUGGGAAACAUGAUGUAUGUACAUUAUGCACUUCAUAACCCCCCUUUGUCCCUCCCUAUUUUGUAAUAUAUAUAAAUGGUUCUGUAUGUCAUAGACACACCACAUGCAAUUAAACUUUGCAUUAGAUUGAAUUCCAAAUAUUUUAUUUAAAACAAGAUCUUGGCAGCCGUAUUUUUAAACUAGUCCAAUCAGGCAGUCUGUCUGCUUCUCCUCCCCCGAGCAUGGGGCAGUGUGAUUCCUGCCACAGUGGGCCUCUAUUAGUGCCUUUUACAGUUACCAUUUUUGACCACUAGGUACAAUAAUAACUCUAUGGAACUAAAUGGGGAAGUGAGCAUGCUUCCCUGCGAAUGUGCAACAUAGAGAAAGGCAAUCAAGUCAGUGGAACAUCGGCAUUUAUCUGUGUAGCAUAUAGCAACUUUUUUAAAACCGUUGGUCACUCAAAAAAUGUUAUUAGUAUAUUAGUAUUUCAGCAUAAUUUAAAAUGCAUAUGGAGUUCUGAAUGAGGACUUUAUAAAGAUUAAAAUUUGUUGAAUUAUACACCAUAACAUUAAAACCACCGAGAGGUGAAGUGAAUAACAUUGACCAUCUCAUUACAAUGGCACCUGUCAAGGGGUGGGAUAUAUUAGGCAGCAAGUGAACAGUCUGUUAUUGAAGUUGGUGUGUUGGAAUCAGGAAAAUUGGGCAAGCGUAAGGAUCUGAGCAACUUUGACAAGGGCCAGAUUGUUCUGGCUAGAUGACUGGGUCAGAGUAUCUCCAAAAUGGCAGGUCUUGUGCGGUGUUCCCAGUAUGCAGUAGUUAUUACCUACCAAAGGUGGUCCAAGGGGUCAGGGGUCAAUGAGUCAGAGCUUUUGGUGGCACAAGGGGGACCUACCCAAUAUUAGAUACGUGGUUUUAAUGUUAUAUAUACACCGAUCAGCCAUAACAUUAAAACCACCUUCUUAAUAUUGUCAAUGGUACUCAAUUCACCUAUCAGUGGUUUUAAUGUCAUGGCUGAUCGGUACAGAACGUUUCAGAUGAAAUUGAGAAUUGAUCAGAAUCUGAUUGGUCAGAAUUGAGAAUUCAACAUUGCUGUGGUAUAAGCUAAGAUACUAGCUGAUGUGCAAAGUUAACAAAACCAAAGGUCAUUAAAAAGUACCAAGACUGUCAAACCAUCUCAGGUUAUCAAGCAGAGGUUAAGGCUCCCUCUGCUUAGCAGGGUUUCUAGAAUGACCAAAAUAUUGAUUUAUAUUAAGAAUCUUAAAAUAAAGCCUAAAAAUUAGGGGAUGGCCAGAUUCUGAGUAAUUAUUUAUAACCAAAAUAAGGUUUUGAUUUGAAGAGAGUGUUAUAGUUCGGCAUAAUUAAAUGUGGUCAGUAUGCUAAUCCAAUCUGAGUCCAAACCAAGAAUAAGAAGGAAGGAAAUGUUCGAGAAAUUACAAUUAAAACACCUUGCAUUAACAUGGGAGGGCAUGUGAUGGGUUUAACAGUAACACACUAAAAGUUAAUGGAGAGGGAAGGAACAGUGUAAUUGCCAUAACCUCUCGACAGAUUACAACCCAUCCAUGUCAUCAACAUCCCAUCGCGGAUCUGCAAAUAGCUGUCAUUAUGUGAGCUGCUGUAAUCCAUGAUUCAUCUGAGAGUUCAAUAUUCUGAGUCUUUUAGUGCAAAUCAAACAGUUUAGUGCUGAGCAGUUCAGUCAGUGGCUCUGAGCAAACACAGUGGAGAGCUUCAUCAGAGCAGCAGUUAUGGGGAGAUGUCUACCUUAAAUGGGUCUUAGAUUAUAUACGGCACAUGGUUUAGCCAGUGCGUCAUGUCUGUCCAUUACAGACCUAAGCACCACAUUCUUAGCCAGCGUGGUUUAUUUGUUGGAAAAACUUUCCAAAAAAAAAAAAGAAAACAGAAAAAUAAAAAAAGAUGUGAAUUUAAUUUUGCAAAAUGUUAAAAAGUUAAAAGAAAAAGUUAGCUUAUAGAGUGUGUGUAUAUAUAUAUAUAUAUACACACACACACACACGCACACAUACAGACUCACCGUCCACUUUCCUCUGACCUCUCUUAUCAACAAAGUGUUUCCAACCACAGCUCUCGCUCACUCAGUAUUUUUUGUUUUUCGCACCAUUCUGUGUAAACUCUAGAAACUGUUGUGUGUGAAAAUUCAGCAGUUUCUGAAAUACUCAAACCAGCCCAUCUGGUACCAACAACCAUGCCACAGUUAAAGUCACAGAGAUCCCAGUUUUCCCCCAUUCUGAUGUUUGAUAUGAACAUUACCCAAAACUCUUGACCUGUAUCUGCAUUAGUUUAUGCUUUCUGCUGCCACAUGAUUGGUUGAUCUGAUGAGCUGGUGUACAGGUGUUCCUAAUACAGUGGAAGCUGAGCAGAUAUUAUAGUGAGUAUGUUGUAGAACAUUGCUGUCAUGCAUGAAAAAAAAACCUCAUCAGCAUCUCAUUAUAACACAAUAUGUAUCACGUUAUUAAGAGAAAAAUUCUAAUAAUUAUGAGAUCUGUAUCUGGUUACUACUAGAAAACACAAGCAUUUCGUUAUUUCAAGAAAAGCAUCUUAUUAUUAGAAAACACCUUAUUACAAAAGAAGCAUCUCAUUAUGAUGGAAAAAACAUUAUUUUUAUUACAAGUAUUAUUAUUAUUAUUAUUAUUAUUAUUAUUAUUAUUAUUAUUAUUAUUAUUAUUAUGAGAUAAAUAUUUUAUAAAAACAACAUAACAUCUUGUUUUUACAAUAUAGCUCUUUUAAUUUUCUUGCUGUAAAGAGAUGUUUUCUUAUUAAAAAAAAUAAAUAAAUAAAAAUGUUUUUCUCAUAAUAAUGAGACACUGAUUGGGAUAAUUUCUGGGCUUCCAUAAGCAACCAUGUAUAUGCUAAAAACAAAAUCAAUUAUGUUGUUUAAAUAACAUAAAUAUAUAAAUAUAUUUAUAUAUUAAAUAUGUUACUUUCUAACAAGAUUUGAUGUUAUAACGAGAUGUUUUCUUGUCGUAAUGAGAUACUUUUCUCAUAAUAACAAGAUGCUGAUGUGGAUUUUUUUCUUGUGUUGCAUAUAUGUUCUCUCUAUAUAUGUUUUCCGUGCAUAUACAGUAUGUUCCAUACAUAUAUGCCUGAACACUCUACAUGCAUUCAUAUUGUCAUAUGUUUAAAUAUUGCAUUUUUCUAAUAAGACAGUAAAAUUGGGCUUCAACAGUGAAAUUGGGCUUCAAAGUGUUUGCUUUCCUAUAUCUUUUAAUGUUGUACAGUGCAUGAUGAUAUGACUGAUCAUUUAUCUCUAUAUCUCAGUCAUAUAGGGACAUAUUAACCUUCUCGAGGGACAUGUCGCUCUGACAAUAAAGCCAUUACGGUCCAUAUUACAGUGAUCAUAAUCAUCUCCACUUUUUACUUGUGGUCCGGCUGGUUUUAGACAACAUAAUAUGCCAAUCAGAUUUUGUGAUAUUGUAUGUUUUGCAAGGGCGGGGGUGAUCUGUUACACGAGGUAUGACUUGAUUAGCUUUGUAUUAUGAAGGAUAUCACUGCAAUGAAACCAUUAUAGUAGAACAGUCAGGAGACGGGUCGCUUUCCCGAAAAGGAUGUAAUUUGAUUGUAGAUUGGGGCAGUAAAGCACUUACCUACCUGUCGAAAAUGCUUUUUUC